UUGACAACAAUGAGGAGAAAACAGCUGAACAGAAAUCGCUGUCAUUACAAAGAAAAGCUCGAUUAAAAUGUAGACGUAUUGUGGUGGCAGAAGUGAUGCAAAGAAGAGAUCACUGCUCGUCAGUUUCCUUAAAAGGGUGGGGGUAUUUAUGCAGCUGAAACUCUGUGGUGUUUCACAACCAACAGCAACCAAGAACUGGGUUUGGUGUCGGCUGAUGAUUACUCAGGUCCGCUUCUUAUCAGGGGAAACUUUACCCAAAAAAGAUGAAAUGGUGCUCCAUGAAGAGAGGAUUUGUCUUCUGCAUUUUCAGUGGCUUAUUGCUGUGUCUUCACAAAGGAUGGCGGGAAGUAGACAACUACAAUUACUGGAAAAACACUGCAAAUGUGACCAUCAUGCUGUGGAAGUGGCCAUUUGGACGCACACACAGUCUAAAGGGAAAUGUGUGCUGGGAUCUUUACAAAAUACCAAACUGUACACUGGUGGAUCAGAGCUCCUAUUUCCCCUCGGCUCAUAUUGUUGUGUUCCACAACAGAGAACUGAUACAAGGAAGCCAGCAGCUUCCAACUGAACUCCCACGUCCACAAGGCCAGAGAUGGGCCUGGAUGUCACUGGAGUCUCCUGCUCACAACGGAAACUUGAAGAAGUUUGCAAAUAUCUUCAACAUGACCAUUUCCUACAGGAGAGACGCUGAUGUGACCAUACCCUUUGGUGAAAUGUUACCUUUGGAGACUGAAAAUAACCUGGUGGAGGACAGCCAUAUAAACAAGACGUCUUUGGUCUGCUGGGUGGUCAGCAACUACAGGACCCACCACAGAAGAACCCAAGUCUACAAAGAGCUCAAUGCCACGGUUCCUGUGAAGGUUUAUGGACGUUGGAAUAAAAUGCCGCUCUCCUCUGAAGAUCUCUUACCAACAAUCUCUCGCUGCUACUUUUACUUGGCUUUUGAGAACACUCUGGCAAAAGAUUAUGUGACUGAGAAGCUGUGGCACAAUGCUUACAAAGGAGGGGCUGUACCCGUUGUACUUGGACCCCCAAUAGGUGACUACAAAGCUGUGGCUCCAGAACAUUCUUUUAUCCAUGUUGAUGAGUUUUCAUCAGUACAAGAACUGGGAAAGUAUCUUCAAAGACUUGCAGAAGACAGGAAGCGAUAUGAGGAAUAUUUUAACUGGAGAAAACACUGGAAGGUGAAAGUGUAUACAGACUGGAGGGAAAGGCUGUGCAAGAUAUGUUUACAGUACGACAUUUUACCUCAGCAUAAAGUUUAUUCAGAUCUAGAGGGCUGGGAUAAAGCUCGUAAUACCUAACUAUGAGACAGUGUUUGAUGUGUUUACAACAUAUGUUGCUUUCAAGUUUGCGCUUAUCUCAAGAUGGUAAAUUGAAAUAUGAGAAGUUUAUGAGUAGAAACUGCAACAGCAUGUAUUAAAAAACUUUGAACUUUCCAUCAUCAGAGCUGAGAUGAUUAAUCCAAUUAAUCAAGAC